GCCCGCGGGGGGAGGCCGCGCCAUGGAGCCCGAGUGAGCGGGGCCGUCGGGCCGCGGGACGCCAUGGAGCGGCCGCCGCUGGCGCUGCUCGCGCUUUGCUGCAGCCUGGCCCUGGCGGCGGCCUCGCCCCUGCUGCUCUUUGCCAACCGCCGGGACGUGCGGCUGGUGGACGCGGGCGGCGUGCGGCCGGAGUCGAGCGUGGUGGUCAGCGGCCUGGAGGACGCGGCGGCCGUGGACUUCCAGUUUGCGCAGGGCGCGGUGUACUGGACGGACGUGAGCGAGGAGGCCAUCAAGCAGACGUUCCUGAACGGCUCGGGCGCCGCGCUGCAGACGGUGGUGGUGUCGGGGCUGGUGUCGCCCGACGGGCUGGCCUGCGACUGGGUGGGCAAGAAGCUGUACUGGACGGACUCGGAGACCAACCGCAUCGAGGUGGCCAACCUGGACGGCUCGUCCCGCAAGGUGCUGUUCUGGCAGGACCUGGACCAGCCCCGCGCCAUCGCCCUGGACCCCGCCCACGGGUACAUGUACUGGACCGACUGGGGCGAGACGCCGCGCAUCGAGCGUGCCGGGAUGGACGGCAGCACGCGCAAGGUCAUCGUGGACUCGGACAUCUACUGGCCCAACGGGCUGGCCAUCGACCUGGACGAGCAGAAGCUGUACUGGGCUGACGCCAAGCUCAGCUUCAUCCACCGAGCCAACCUGGACGGCUCCUUCCGGCAGAAGGUGGUGGAGGGCAGCCUGAUGCACCCCUUCGCCCUGACGCUCUCCGGAGACACGCUGUACUGGACGGACUGGCAGACGCGCUCCAUCCACGCCUGCAACAAGCGCACGGGCGAGAGGCAGCAGGAGCUGCUGGGCGCACUCUACUCGCCCAUGGACAUCCAGGUGCUCGGGCCCGAGCGGCAGCCGCACUUCCACACGCGCUGUGAGGAGGACAACGGCGGCUGCUCACACCUGUGCCUGCUGUCCCCGCGGGAGCCCUCCUACACGUGCGCCUGCCCCACGGGCGUGCGGCUGCAGGACGACGGCAAGACAUGCAAGGCAGGUGCGGAGGAGGUGCUGCUGCUGGCCCGGCGCACGGACCUGCGGCGGAUCUCGCUGGACACGCCGGACUUCACGGACAUGGUGCUGCAGGUGGCCGACGUCCGGCACGCCAUCGCCAUCGACUACGACCCGCUGGAGGGCCACGUGUACUGGACGGACGACGAGGUGCGCGCCAUCCGCCGGGCGCGCCUGGACGGCUCCGGGGCGCAGACGCUGGUCAGCUCUGAGGUCAGCGACCCCGACGGCAUUGCCGUGGACUGGGUGGCCCGGAACCUCUACUGGACGGACACGGGCACCGACCGCAUCGAGGUCACGCGCCUCAACGGCACCUCCCGCAAGAUCCUGGUGUCCGAGGACCUGGACGAGCCCCGUGCCAUCGUGGUGCACCCCAUGAGGGGCCUCAUGUACUGGACCGACUGGGGGGAGCACCCCAAGAUCGAGUGCGCCAGCCUGGAUGGGCAGGACAGGCGCGUGCUGGUCAACACGUCUCUGGGCUGGCCCAACGGCCUGGCCCUGGACCUGCAGGAGGGGAAGCUGUACUGGGGCGACGCCAAGACGGACAAGAUUGAGGUGAUCAACGUGGACGGCACGAAGAGGCGGACGCUGCUGGAGGACAAGCUGCCGCACAUCUUUGGCUUCACGCUGCUCGGGGACUUCAUCUACUGGACCGACUGGCAGAGGCGCAGCAUCGAGCGCGUGCACAAGGUCAAGGCCAGCCGCGACGUCAUCGUCGACCAGCUGCCCGACCUCAUGGGGCUCAAAGCCGUGAACGUGGCCAAGGUGCUCGGGACCAACCCGUGCGCCGACCGGAACGGCGGCUGCAGCCACCUCUGCUUCUUCACGCCGCGCGCCACCAAGUGCGGCUGCCCCAUCGGGCUGGAGCUGCUGGGCGACCUGCGCACGUGCGUGGUGCCCGAGGCCUUCCUGGUGUUCACCAGCCGCGCCGCCGUGCACCGGAUCUCGCUGGAGACCAGCAACAACGAGGUGGCCAUCCCGCUCACGGGCGUCAAGGAGGCCUCCGCGCUCGACUUCGACGUGGCCGACAACCGCAUCUACUGGACGGACGUGGGCCUGAAGACCAUCAGCCGUGCCUUCCUGAACGGCAGCUCCGUGGAGCACGUGGUGCAGUUCGGCCUCGACUACCCCGAGGGCAUGGCCCUGGACUGGAUGGGCAAGAACCUGUACUGGGCCGACACCGGGACCAACAGGAUCGAGGUGGCGCGGCUGGACGGCCAGUUCCGGCAGGUCCUCGUCUGGAAGGACCUGGACAACCCGCGCUCUCUGGCCCUGGACCCCACCCGAGGCUACCUCUACUGGACCGAGUGGGGCGGGAAGCCCCGCAUCGUGCGGGCCUGCAUGGACGGCAGCGGCGCCGUGACGCUGGUGGACAAGGUCGGCCGCGCCAACGACCUCACCAUCGACUACGCCGACCAGCGCCUCUACUGGACCGACCUGGACACCAACAUGAUCGAGUCCUCCGACAUGCUGGGCCAGGACCGGGUCGUGAUCGCCGACGACCUCCCGCACCCCUUCGGCCUGACGCAGUACAGCGACUACAUCUACUGGACGGACUGGAACCUGCACAGCAUCGAGCGGGCCGACAAGACCAGCGGCCGGAACCGCACCCUCAUCCAGGGCCACCUGGACUUCGUGAUGGACAUCCUGGUCUUCCACUCCUCCCGCCAGGAUGGCGUGAACGACUGCGUGCACGGCAACGGGCACUGUGGGCAGCUGUGCCUGGCCGUGCCCGGCGGCCACCGCUGCGGCUGUGCCUCGCACUACACGCUGGACCCCAGCAGCCGCAACUGCAGCCCGCCCACCACCUUCCUGCUGUUCAGCCAGAAGGGCGCCAUCAGCCGCAUGAUCCCCGACGACCAGCAGAGCCCCGACCUCGUCCUGCCCCUGCACGGGCUGCGCAAUGUCCGGGCCAUGGACUACGACCCGCUGGACAGGUUCAUCUACUGGGUGGACGGGCGGCAGAACAUCAAGCGGGCCAAGGACGACGGUACCCAGCCCGCCCUCCUGACCGCCCCGAGCCCCGGCCAGAGCCCCGACCGGCAGCCCCACGACCUCAGCCUGGACAUCUACAGCCGCACCCUCUUCUGGACGUGCGAGGUCACCAACAGCAUCAACGUGCUGCGGCUGGACGGGGGCACCGUGGGCGUGGUGCUGCGCGGGGAGCGAGACCGGCCCCGGGCCAUCGCCGUCAAUGCCGAGCGCGGGUACCUGUACUUCACCAACAUGCAGGAGCGCGCGGCCAGGAUCGAGCGGGCGGCGCUGGACGGCACGGAGCGGGAGGGCCUCUUCACCAGCGGCCUCAUCCGGCCCGUGGCGCUCGUGGUGGACAAUGUGCUGGGCAAGCUCUUCUGGGUGGACGCAGACCUGAAACGCAUCGAGAGCUGCGACCUGUCAGGGGCCAAUCGCCUCACCCUGGUGGACGCCAGCAUCGUGCAGCCCGUGGGCCUGGCCGUGCUGGGCAAGCACCUCUACUGGGCGGACCGGCAGCAGCAGCUGAUCGAGCGCGUGGAGAAGGCCACGGGGGACAAGCGGACUCGGGUCCAGGGCCGCGUGCCCCACCUCACCGGCAUCCACGCGGUGGAGGACAUCAGCCUGGGGGACUUCUCAGCCCACCCGUGUGCCCGGGACAACGGCGGCUGCUCCCACCUCUGCAUUGCCAAGGGCGACGGCACGCCUCGGUGCUCCUGCCCCAUGCACCUGGUGCUCCUGCAGAACCUGCUCACCUGUGGCGAGCCGCCCACCUGCUCGCCCGACCAGUUCGCCUGUGCCAGCGGGGAGAUCGACUGCAUCCCGGGGGCCUGGCGCUGCGACGGCUUCCCCGAGUGCGACGACCAGAGCGACGAGGAGGGCUGCCCGGUGUGCUCGGCCGCCCAGUUCCCCUGCGCCCGCGGCCAGUGCGUGGACCUGCGUCUGCGCUGCGACGGGGAGGCCGACUGCCAGGACCGCUCCGACGAGGCCGACUGCGACGCCAGCUGCCUGCCCAACCAGUUCCGCUGCAGCAGCGGCCAGUGCGUGCUCAUCAAGCAGCAGUGCGACUCCUUCCCCGACUGCAUGGAUGGCUCCGAUGAACUCAUGUGUGAGAUCAAGCCGCCGGCCGACGACGUUCCCGUGCACGGCAGCGCCAUCGGGCCGGUGGUCGGCAUCAUCCUCUCCCUCUUCGUCAUGGGGGGCGUCUACUUCGUGUGCCAGCGCGUGGUGUGCCAGCGCUACUCAGGGGCCACGGGGCCCUUCCCGCACGAGUACGUCAGCGCGGCCCCCCACGUGCCCCUCAACUUCAUAGCCCCCGGCGGCGCACAGCACGGCCCCUUCCCAGGCAUCUCCUGUGGCAAGUCCAUGAUGAGCUCGGUGAGCCUGAUGGGGGGCCGGGGCGGGGCGCCCCCCUACGACCGGAACCACGUCACGGGGGCCUCGUCCAGCAGCUCCUCCAGCACCAAGGCCACGCUGUACCCGCCGGUCCUGAACCCGCCGCCGUCCCCCGCCACUGACCCCUCCCUGUACAACGCGGACGUGUUCUACCCCGCCAGCGUGCCCGCGCCCGCCAGGCCCUACAGGCCAUACAUCAUGCGGGGCGCGGCGCCCCCGACCACACCCUGUAGCACAGACGUGUGUGACAGCGACCACAGCGCCAGCCGCUGGAAGGGCAGCAAGUACUACCUGGACCUGAACUCCGACUCGGACCCCUACCCCCCACCGCCCACGCCCCACAGCCAGUACCUGUCGGCGGAGGACAGCUGCCCGCCAUCCCCCGCCACCGAGCGCAGCUACUUCCGCCUCUUCCCACCCCCGCCGUCACCCUGCACGGACUCGUCCUGACCGCCCGCCCGCCGCUGUACAUAGUUUUAAAUACGGAAAGAAAAAAAAUAUAUUUUAUGACUUAAGAGAGAGAGUUGGAGCUUCACCGGACACUUGGGGUGUGAG